AUGUUCGGGGUUCAGCUGCCAGCGCCACCUGCCGACAAGAAGUCGAUAUCAUCCCAGAAAAGUAAGGAGCCUUCAACCAAGCGGAAGACGGCAAACUCCACGAAGGCCGCGAAGAAAACCAAGGUUACCUCCAAAGCAGCCGGAUUGGAACCAGCGGUUCCAUUGGAUGAAGUCGGCUCAUUGCCAUCGUCGUUGUCCUCAAGAUUGUCGUCACCAUAUAGCAACACUGUCACUCCUGCCCCCGGGAUUAACCCUCCCACUCCCGCCCCCAGGAUCGACCCUCCCGCCCACGGCAUCGACCCUCCCGCCCGCGGCGUCGACCCUCCCGCCCACGGCGUCGACCCUCCCGCCCACAGCGUCGACCCUCCCGCCCACGGCGUCGAUCCUCCCGCCCACGGCGUCGACCCUCCCGCCCACGGCGUCGACCCUCCCGCCCGCGGCAUCGACCCUCCCGCCCGCGGCGUCGACCCUCUUGCCCCCGGGAUCGACCAUUCCGCUCCUGGGAUCGGCCGUCCCGCAUCUGGGGGCGACCAUAUCAUCCUUGGUGACAGCAGGGGGGACAACCAGACCAGUACCCUGCUACCCACAUCCAGGACUGCGGCCGCCGUUGUCUCUGCCGAUGUGUUAUCCAAUAUUGCAACUGCAUCUUCAGCUGCUCAAUCUCUUAACAAUCACGGCGCGAAUGCGCCAGGGUCCGUUUUUCCAACAUUCAAUGUACCCGCGCUUCCUCCAGCUUUUUACGGUCAACCUCAGCUCGGGCGUGCGCCGGGCAAUGUGCUCAUGGGUUCUUCCGACGUUAUAUCUGGUCUGGCAGAAGCAGAGGCGCCGUACGCCUUACCUGAAGAGGCAACAUCUAGUGUACAGGAUUCGUUAGCCACGUUCAUUGCAACGAUGAACUCUGCGGAAAACGCUACACAACGCGAGCUUUCGAUAGUUCCUGACGUGAACAAAUCUGAGCGUUCACAUCGUGUAUCCGACACCAUGCGUUUCGUCUUCCCCACCGUAUCAACAACUGGGAUCUAUGUCCACCAGAAUGACCUGAACGCAAGUGCUACGCAGCUGGAGUUCAACCCCGCCAACGUUGCCUUCCAGGACCCAUCGCCUACAGCCUCUGCGACUCUCGAUACAAAUACGGACGCCGAAAUUCAUAAUCAUCUCGAUGAGGCUUCGUUGGGGUGCGCACCCAAUUCGGCAUUGGAGAGAUGUGACGACUGGGAGGACAUCGAACCUGCCCCCGACGCCGACGACGACGACGAUAUGAUAUCCGGCGACGAAAUGUCUGAUACCGAAGACCCGAGCAUCCCAAACCGUCCCGGAGCAAUCAGCAAGGCUGCGAAAUUGAAACUCAAGGAGUUUAUCAAAUACGCGGAUCAAUUCAAGCUUGACCUUGCAAAACAAACGGGCAGGUCGUUGGACGUCGUCGCAAAGUGGAUUGGGCGCCCGCCGCUUAUCUCAUCUCGGGCCGAGAACCGUUGGCAAGUAUGGCAAGGAUGGUAUGCCGCACACCACCCAAAGAUCAAGGCAUCCGCCGAUGGGUCGGUCAAAGCGGAGAGCACGACAACCUUUGCGCAUCGAAAGAGACUCGCUUAUCACGCGCGCCUGGCGGGUCACCAAACUUGGCAAGAAAAGAAGGCUGCCAUGCAAGAUUGCUACGACUGGUGGCAUACGAAACGGCAAGAGUUCUUGGGGAAACUCGUCGGAGAAGGUAAAACCAAUACGUUGGUUACAAAUGCAGCUCGUCAACUCAGCUCUGUGUCAGAGCAUUGGCAUUCGCAAACCGGAUUACAUAUUUUCGGCAUCAUCAUCGACACCGCCGGCGGGAACUAUAUCAUGACGGGAGGUUCCCCUCUCUGGCCACGCCUGAGGGCAAGAUUUCCAAAGAAUCUUCAUAAGUACAUCAUGGAAUGCCGUGCCCUUGUCACGAUUUUGGAACAGAAUGAAGACGGCUCGCCCAUCGUUACCGAUGAACAACUCGAAGGCCUGAUUCCUAUCGAGAAGUCGGACUCUACCGGCAACGCCGACGAUCCAACAGACCCGAAGCCAUCUGAGCCCGCCGCCUGCGCCGACGGCGCUGACGCCGACGGAGAGGAAGAGUCUGAUGACGAUCAGGACCCAACGCGUGACGACUGCGAUAAGACUUUGCGACGUAUGAUCCUUGAACUGUGCCAACAGCCUGAGAUCGGCAUCACCCGCAACAAGUUCAUGUGGGGUACUUGUAUGGAGUAUCUUGUUGAGAAUGAGAUAUCGAUAUACAACUGGAACCCCGAUGCAACCAUGACCGAGACCAAAGUCGCAGGCAGGCAAAACGAGAUUGCGUUCAACUUCCAUGUCCGAAACAAGCCGUGGCGCGAUCGUGGGCAGGUGCCAAUCCUGAUGGGGUACAUACCAAAAACCGGCUGGAAGGGGAAGGAAGAAAUCAUCGACACCCCGUAUGGGCGGCAAAUCGUCUUGUAUUGCGCCCAGGUUACGCAAGCAUACUACGACGCUGUUAUUCAGGAAGCUCAGGACAUAGCUUCUCCAUCUGCUGCCAACGCUGCGCACAGCAAACAGAAGAUGAAGCGGCGAGAAAAAUCCGCUCCCGCGACGACCAAAAAACGUCAGCGGUCCGGACGACAUACCAAGGAUUCAGCACCCGCCGAGACCGAUAGUCCGGCACGUCCAACCGGGUCUGGGUCGCAAACCACGCGCAGGGGGCAUGUACUAGGCACGAUCCCAACGGCCCAUAACUACGUGAAUCCACUUCUCAACGCACGGAUGAAGAAGGACAAGCCGUAUAUCGAUGUAGGGAGUGACGACGAGCAAGUUGCGCAGGAUAGUGUGCCCGUCGCCUUCGACUUGGCAGCAACCAGCACGCCAAUGACGACGUAUCCUCAAGGUCUUGAGGAUGGACGGAUGGACGUCGACGAGAUUGAGUUCGUUGACGACACACACGUCUCUCCGUUUGCGCACCCCGGUUCUGCGGCUCAGGACUACGCACCUGAGUGGAAUGCAUUGAUGCAACCUCAAUGGCAAGAUUCGACGAUGGCUCAACCUCCCGCUGACCCUCAAGUGUCAGCAAAGAACUCGUUGCCGCCGAUUCUGGAGUCUCUUGAAGGCGAGUUACCGGAGUCUUGCGCGGACUUCGUUCAGAGGCACUGA